CCCGCAUGUGCAGAACGCAAUAAACAUGGUGCUCGGUAUCGACGGGAAGAGGGAAGAGAUGUCAUCGAGUGUCGAAAAUAAAUGUGACGCUUAUACAGACGCGAAUUUCCAUCCGGUAACGCCGAGCCAGCGCGAGGAGACGCGCGAAAUCGACGGCGAGCUUGUGUAAAUAAGCUCGUGUCGCUCGAACGUCCCUGAUUGUGUCUCGCGACUCGAACUGCAAUUACUAUACGCACUCGCAAUCUCGCGAUCUCGAGGAAGCGAACGACAGCUGUUGUGUGUCAUAGUCUUAUUCUCUUUUUUUUUUGGAGGAUCAGCGCGAUUUUUGGUUUGAUUUCGGAGGCGCAGCCGCGCGAUGGUAUCACUUGGAGAGAUGCGACGUGAGAGCGUCGAUAACGUAUCAGCGUCAGAGAUCGCGCGUGCAAAACGGUCGCGUACGGUAAGCGUGAUCAAUAAUGCAGGCCGGACUCCUGCCGUGAAGUCGGAGUGAAGAAGUCGGCGAUGUAUGCCGCGGGGACAAACCACUGGGACAUGCUCGUCUGCUGUUUGCGUCGUUUUCGUUAAAGUCGACGAGUCAUGCCCGGCGAACCGCCAGCCACAGCUGGAAGUAAAUCCAGCAGCAAGGCAAAGAGGAUCUCGAUACCUCGUGUGCAAAGCAGUACCGACACAGAGCUACAGUCCCAGCAGAGCGGCUCGACCCCACUGCAGCCCACCGCACUGCACUAUGUCACCUUCCGCUCGGAGUUAGAGGACAGCCCCGUCCCGCCGGCCCUGCGAUGCCGUUUGUAUGAUCUCUUUCAGCAAAUCGAAAAGGAAUUUGAGAUGUUGUACACGGAAAAUCUUGGGUUGCAGGAGAAGAUCGACAUCCUGAGCGAUAAAGAAAGGGAGUGCUAUGGAUCGGGCGAGCGCAGUUUACCUCCCGGAGAUCUUACGGAUUAUCCAGAACCGAAAAAUCUGUCUAAACAGAAAUCAAUGGGUGCAAACUCGGCGCAAAAGAUUAAAACUUCUCACAAAUUAAAAGCACAGACUAGUAAAAUAGUAUCAAGCUUUAAAACUCCGUCUAUGACUUGCACCAUGCAAAAGGAGUACGUGGGUCAUCGAGAUGGUGUGUGGGAGGUGUCCGUAGGCAGAUCGGGUCAGCCCAUCAUAGCGACCGCCUCUGCCGAUCAUACAGCGCGUAUAUGGGCGAUAGAUAACGGCCGAUGCUUAUUACAAUACAUCGGUCACAACGGAUCUGUGAACUCGGUCCGAUUUCAUCCGAAUAGGGAGCUGGCUUUGACGGCGAGUGGCGACUGUUCCGCUCACGUAUGGCAGGCGGCCGUCGAUUGGGAUAUGCCGAAAAGGGUGUCGUCAAUAGAAGAAAUUCCAGUAGCCGGCUCCGAACGAUCUGCCGCUAAUAAUCUGAUCGGCAAUAACGACGAGCAAGACGAUCCCCCGACUCUCAGGACGCCGAUACGCGAACUUCUUGGUCACACGAACGUCGUGAUGGCCGCGGAUUGGCUCUCCGGUGCUGAACAAUUGGUCACAGCUUCUUGGGACAGAACCGCGAAUUUGUAUGACACGGAAACCGGAGAGAUCAUACACACGCUGUGCGGACACGAUCAAGAAUUGACCCACGUGUCGACUCAUCAUACGCAGAAAUUGUGCGUCACGUCCAGCAAAGACAAUACAUUCCGACUGUGGGACUUCAGAGAACCGAUACACUCGGUUUCGGUAUUUCAAGGGCAUACAGAAACGGUAACGUGCGCAGUCUUUACGAGGGAAGAUAAAAUCGUAUCCGGCUCGGACGACAGAAGUGUAAAAGUAUGGGAAUUGCGUAACAUACGCAGUCCAUUAGCGACAAUACGUGGAGAUAGUGCUGCUAAUAGGCUAUCAGUUUCUAGUACCGGGACAGUGGCAAUACCACAUGACAAUAGACAAAUACGUUUAUUUGAUCUAAGUGGUCAACGUUUGGCAAGGUUACCUAGAACUAGUAGACAGGGUCACCGUAGAAUGGUGUGUUCUGUCGCUUGGUUGGAAGAUAGCAGUGUGUGUAAUUUAUUUUCUUGUGGUUUCGAUAGAUUAGUACUAGGCUGGAGUGUUCUUCCCGUUAAAGAUGCUUGAACAUCAAAAACUGUGUGGUUUUAACUUUUAUGUCAUGUUAGUGUGAUAUUGGGAAUAUUUAGGUGCAAUUUAGAGAUGGAAGUACAUAUAUAACCAUACACUAAAAAUCCAGCAGUUAAUCCAAUCAAAGAUCCUCCCCUUCCACUCUUGCAGACAACUGCAAUAAAAAAAAA